CGCAUCGUUUCGCGGGCUUUAAACCACAUUAAGGACUUACGAAAAGAGAAAGAGAGAGAGAGAGAGAGAGAGAAAGAGAGAGAAAGAGAGAGAAAGAGAUGCAAAUGUCAGCUAAUAAUCCUAAGGUCCUCUCUCAACUGGCAGUGAUAAAUACAGCAGUUAUACCUGCUGUAGGAAAAUGCGAAAAAGACCGACUGGCGCCGAUGUGAUCUCGAUGCGUGUAACAUAAUUCGAUCAAUUUCAUUUCAUUUUCUAUAUUUGUUUUUAAACAAAAAUAUCGAAUGUAACUUUUUGUCAGACGAAAUCACGCAUCGUUAAAGCGAUUAUAGAGACGUCCAAUUUGACGGACAUUCGAGGAAAAAUUUUUUAAUAAUUAACAUCGAAAGAAAAUUUCUCUUUUAUCCCAACCGCUGUAUAAUAUAAUAUUCUAGAAGCGCCUUAUGUGGACACGGCGCAAACGUAUUGAGAAGGAGUAACAAAAUGAUAACAAACAAAAAAAAAAUAUAUAUAUAUAUACAUACAUCAUACCUGCGCACAGCGGCGAUGAUGAAAGCUGUUAUUUUGAAUCGUCGCGCGUGAGCGUAGCGCGCGCGUUGUGCGUGGUGGAAAUAAUAGAUAGAUAGAUAGAUAGAUAGUUCAUAAGUCGAACGAGGAGACAUGAGAAAACAUAAGGGAGAAAAACAAAAAUCAUGUACAUUAUUAGUUAGGCGAAAAAGAAAUAAAAAAAAAAAAUAUAGGAUAUUUUUGUGAAAAGUGGGACGAGAUAGAGAGAAACAGAGAGAGAGAGAAAAAGAGCAAACUUAACGUUUGUGCGACGAAUCUCGCCAACAAUUUAGUGUAAUAAUAAAAAAAAAAAAAAAAAAGAAAAAAAAAAGAAAAAAUACAGAGAAAAAAAAAACCAAAAAAAAAGGAAAGAACGAAAAAAAAUAAGUACGCGCAACAAAAUAGCAACGAAACGAGCAACUUAGAAAAUUUAUCGGAAUAAUCUUCUAACGGAAUUCUAUAUCUCGAAAGUGCUCGUAAAGGUCAGAAGGACUAAAGAGAAAACUUUAAUCUUUCUUACGUUUCCUUGAUUUUUUCCUUCUUCCCUAAACGCGAAUAAAAAAGUCUCACUCCCUCUCGACGAAAACGCGUCUCGUUGCGCCUCUCGUCUCGAUUCCACUUUUAAGAUGGAGUUCCCCGGGGCCGGAUCUCUUUCAAAGAAUCAGCGGGGAUGACUCGUCCUGUAUAAAAUGUUUUAAGAAAAAGGCGCCUUAAACAAUUGAGGUGUGUAUAUUAACUUUAAGCGUAGUAGUCUCGUACUGUUGUCUAGAAAGAGAGAGAGAGAGAGAGAGAGAGAGAGAGAGAGAGAGAGAGAGAGAGAGAGAGAGAGAGAAAGGACACCGUGUGAAGCUAGCCAAGUAAGUGGACGCCCACCAAAGGGGAAACCAAAAAAUGUAGUGUAUAAUAAAAAUAAAGUGAUAAGUAGGUAAUUUUAAUUUAAGCUAUGCUAGCGAAAUGUUAAGGAGGCGGAGGAGGAGUGUUAAUAAAAAUAUGAACGAAAAGAAGGGACGGAGGGUGUAAGAAAAAUUACAGAAAAGAAAGGAAAGAAAUACAAAGGAAAAAUAGGAAAAAACUUAUUAACAAAAGUUUUCUCCGAAGGAAGAGCAAAAGGAUAAAAAAAGAUGUGUGUGUAGGAGAGAAUUUGCGAAAUCCACUUAUGGUACCUAAGACUUAAGGACGGCGAAGCGUCCAGUUACAACGCGAACAACACAAAUAGCCAUUACACAUUUGAAAGAACGUAUGUACACGCGUAAUCUUUACCAAUACAUACCUAUAUACACAAUGAACACGCGCAUGUAAAUACACACGUUCGAAGGAGACACUCCGUACGCGCACCAAUCCGUUAUAUAUACAGACAACACAUACGCAUACAUAUACACACAACAUAUAAAUAAAACAGCGAGAAAACACCACACCACCUAUACAUCGUAGCCAUACGCGUAGAAAACGUAGCGGCGAAAGAAACUUAAACGAAAAACUCUAGACGUAGUGUCUAGCCUAGUCUAGCUUGUCGGUCAUUAAGUUUACGAGUAAGAGGAAAAAAAAAUGUCGUCACGUGAAAAAAAUAGCGCAGUAAGAAAUUAUAUCCUCAGAACGCAUACCAGAGCACCGUUACACCACGGCGUUACACGCACACGCGCACACGCGCACAAUAUUAACACGCGCCGCGGCUGCUGCCACCCUUCAACCCUCUAAUCGUUCGCCGGAGUCUUCAACCGGAUUCGGAAAUUCUACGAAAACCCUUACAACGUGUCCGAUACCAAUGCAAUUCUCGUCGUUGCAACGACAACAAUUUUUUCCAUCAUCGUCGUUUAAGCUUUUCAGCAAGCUGCCGCUUCUGGCAUUUAUCGAAUCAUGACAUUUGCGAGUUACGGUGGAAUCUAAUUUCUUCUUCUUUUUUCUUUCCUCUUCUUCGCUCUUCUUCCUUAAAGAGCAAUUUCAUCCCUCUCUCUCUCUCUCUCUCUCUCUCUCUCUCUAUCUCUCUCUCUCUCUUCUCCCCUCCUCUUUCUCUCUCUCUCGAUCAAUUCUUUAUAUUUCUUUCUUUGUAUCCUUUUUGCUUUGCCAUUCUUUAUUCUCUCCUCCUCCUCUUCCAAACCCUAAAUCAUUCCUCAAUGGCAAAACGCAAUUCGAAAUUCGCUGGCACACGAUUCUACGCGUCACAGAUUUUCUUCUAACGGAAACUUAUCGGGUGAUAGCCGACAAUCAUUGAAGAAACAUAACUUUAGAAAAGUCCUCUCGUUCUUUUCUCGUCGGGGAUAUUAUACGAUAUGUAUAUGUAUGUAGUAGGAAGUACGUGAUACGUCUUAGCGAGGAUGUUCCAUGAGAGAGAUCUACUAAUACCUUCGCAAAAGUUCCGUCUCGCUAGAUAAUCGAUAUGACAUUGUAUUUUAUAUUAAUUUAUCACGCACCAAAUCGUUCUCCGUUUAUCCGUCGUUAAUCGAUUAACAGCAGCAGCUCAACGAGCUCUCCGUCAGAGAUUUUCUUAACGAUAUAAUAUGUAUAUGUAUCAACCUACUUAUGUGUAUAUAUCGUGCGAAGACAAGCGAGGUGCAAUCGUCCUUUUCAUUAUUGUAUUUUUUUAUUAAUUAUACUUUACGAUAAGCGUAGAAAGUCUAUCCUGGUCGUCGUGUGCGUUUUUACUCAAAAAGAAAGAAAAAAAAAAAGAAACAAACGAAAACAUAAGGAAAAAAAAACAAAGGAAAUGAUCUUCUCAUCUUUGUGAUCCAUCCGUUCCUGUCGAAUUCAAAAACAAUCCUUUGAUGCUAGUAAUUACACUUUGUAAAGGGAAAGAGGGCAGCAGUCAGGCCAGUUGGUAAAUACUUUAACCGAUUCGCGGAGUUACCCCGAGUAAUAAUGCUUAGAAUUUAGUGACACGAACGUUUUAAAUGAAACGAACACGAUUUCAAAAAAUAAUGCAGAACAUUGCAAAUGAAAACAAAAAAAAAAAAAAAGAAAAAUAACAAAAGUAGGAACCGUUAAGCAUAGGCAUAAAAGUAAUAUAUAUAUAUAUUACGCGAAAGACUACAAAACAAGACGUGCACAUCUAUAUAUAUGAUACGAAAAUUAUGUAUAUUAUAUAUACAUACAUGUGUAAGAAAAUAAAGCAUUAGCCGACAACUAGAGAAUAUAUCGAAUAACAAAUUAAAAAAAAUAUAUAUAUAUACACACACAUAAGCUUAACGAGAAUAAAAAGGAAGAAGCGUACGUGGUGGCGUUAUAAAAAGAGGAUGAACAAAAAAAAAACAUAAUGCGUGUAAAUGCGUGGCUCGCGAGAUAAACCAAACACUGUGUUAAAUACUUUUAGCUAUAAGCGAGAAAAAGAGAACUCGAACUACCAUUCGAAUCGUAUAUAACUCGUAAGAGAAUAAAUAUAAUAUAAACAACAGAACAAAAUAAAAAACAAACAUUGUAGCUAGCCUGCCGGACCCCCUGAGCCCUUAUACAUAUAUACAUAUAUAUAUAUAUAUAUAUAAAUAUAAGUAUAUAUAUAAUACGUGUAAUGUAUUAAAUACAAGGGAGAGAGAGAGAGAGAGAGAGAGAGAGAGAGAGAGAGAAAGAGAGAAAGAGAGAGCGAUAGAGUACGAUCGAGCGAAAGUGUGAGAGAGAGAGCAAAUAAAAGAGACACAGCGCGCCUCGGUAGAACAAAAUAAACCAAAAAACAAUAAAGUCAAAGAAAAAUAAAACAGAGAGAGAGAGAGAGAGAGAGAGAGAGAGAGAGAGAAAACAGGGAAAAGUGUAAGGAAACAUACAAAAAUGGAUAUUAUUAAAGAAAAUAAAUAAAAAAAAUAAAAAAAAAAACAAAAAAAACAAAAAAGCCCCAAAAAAAGGAGAGAUGGAGGAGAGUUGCUACCAAAAACAAAAAAAAAGAUCAAAUUUAUGGUAAUUACGAUCGCGUCCGAUUCAUACAGAGAAAAAAACACCUACGACGUUCCUUCAUUUUUUCGUAGUUUUUCGUACGAGAAGACGACGUGCGCGUUACGGGCCUCCACGCAAUCGGUCCACCCCCAUCCAACCCCAAACCCCCAACCCGGCGCGGCAUGCGGCAUAUCACUUACGACCGUACGCUAAGGAGUUAGGUGCCUUUUUCCACAUCGUUAUGUGUGCGUGUAAUUCUUGGAAGGGGAUAACGAGGAUAACGCGAGAGAACGAAAACGAACGAGAGGGAGAGAGAGAAAGAGAAAGAGCGAAAGAGAGAGAGAGAAUGGAAAAGUCGGUAAUCAUUGCGAAGAUAAAUGCUAAAGAGGAGAAGGGGAGGGUAGGGUGAAAAAAAAAAGGGUGAAAUGGCAGAACGGAGUUCGAGGAAAGAGGGGCCGGUUUUUGACAUCCAUCCAUCGUGCAUCGUCCGACUUUUUUCCAAGAAGCUGCGGAAGAAGUUUCGCUCUCGAACAUGCUGUGUGUGUAUAUGUAUCUGUAUAUGUGUAGUUUAAUGGGAGGAGACGAAGCGAUGCAUGGAAGAAGAAACGGACCGUGCACGACGAAAGCAACAAGAGAACAAAGAAAAAGAUAAAUGAGGAAAAAAGAGAUAAACGAAAAACGAAAGUGAAGAGGGUGAAAUGUAGGAAGGAAAGGAAGGACGAGAGGAAGUGUAUAAGGGUAGGGUGUAAAAAUGGCGUUCGAGCGCGCUUACACGAUUUAAGUAACGUAUACUUGCGUGAUUCAAUGAGAAAACGGCCCGCGGGGUCCCAUGGCAGCCUCGUUGCGUAUUUAAGUUUAAACGGCGAGGAGUAGAAAUGGAGUAAAAUAGGAAAAAAAGGAGGAGGAGGAGAAAGAGAAGAAAGAGGAGGUGGAGAUAGUAUGAGCGCGCGCGCGCUCCAGUAUAUAUACCGAAGGACAGUUUCGUGAAACAACGCCGGGCGUAGCCUGUAUAAUGUACAUGUAAUUUCACAAAAACGCGACGGAUAGCCGACGAUACACAUAGAACAUACACGUAUAUCCAGUUACACUGAGACACAGAGAUAUUGCAAAUAAUAUACAUACACACAUACACAUACUUACACUUAGUACAUCACCGAAGUCAAAUGCACACAACUACGCAGCAUACACACAUAUAUACACUUACGCGUGCUGCACGUACGAAAGUGCAUUGGUAUAAUAAGGGAGCGAAAAGAGCGUGAGAGAGUAGGAGAGAAAGAGAGGGAGAGAUAGGGAAAGGGUGCAACAAGAAAAAAAAACUUAAGCGAGAAGGAGUGAGAGAGAGAGAGAGAGAGAGAGAGAGAGAGAGGGAGGGAGAGAGAGAUACCUCUAGAGACAAGUCUCACACGUACAAUAGAAUCGCGAGACGCCCUGGGACGUGCGUGAGAAAACGUGUAUGAUAUUAUAUAUACAUAAACAUAGCAUAUAAAGUAUAUUAUAAAAACAAAAAAUGAUGAAUAUAAAUAAAAAAUAUAUAUAUAAAUACUAUAUGAAAAAAAGUAAACAAAGUAUAAAUAUGAAUGAAGUAUAUAAACGAGAACAUAGGAUAAAAUACGCUUAGGCUUAAGGAUAUAAGAUAUUAUUAUGAUGAUGUAUGGUUGGUUUAUAAUGUAAAAUAUAUUAUAGAAAAUGUA